AGGUUGUUUGAUUACUAGUUCGUGGCGGACGUUGUUGUCGAGUUUUUAGUUUUGUUAGUAUAUAUUUCUUACUGAAAUCGUGUUAUAGUCAUAAUUAUCGUUUGAAUAAUAUCUUCGUACUUUGUGGAACAUCGAUCUACGAUACGGGGGUACACUAUUAAACAAUGUACAUCUUUCGUCAAGUUUGGUCAAGUUCAUGAAUUAUAGGAAACAUCGUGUUAUCAUCGUGCGACCUAACCUCAAAAUCAAACAGUACCGUGAGAAGAGAUGAAAAAAGUCAUGAUAUGUCAAUCGUUUUUCUGUCGACAGCGAAUAAUGCUUUCCUUGACCGUUAAAACUCAAAAAAGACAUUGGAUCGAAUUGAACGUUCGUUCGGAUGACCGGAUGCCUGCUCAAUAUUUCAAAAGACGAUUUAUGAUGCGGUGAAUUUCCCAAAUCUGUUGAUGACUGGCGGAAUCCACGUUUUAGAAAUCACCAAAAUAUUUGACUUUGUCGCAGGCAAGGGCUACAGAUGUGGAUGUAUGACGACGAUACAAAAGAGAUUUGAAAAAUUGCAUCAUGAGCGAAGAAAAAGUUCCGAGCCAAGAAUUCAAACUCGAUCCGGACUGCGAAUUACGCUUUGAAGUUGAAAAUAAAAAUGAAAGAGUGACGUUGGAGUUAAAAAGCGGCCUGGCAGAAGUAUUUGGCACAGAGCUUGUGAAGGGGAAAAAGUACGAGUUCACGUCAGGAGCAAAGGUAGCGGUAUUUACGUGGCAGGGAUGUGCACUAGAAAUAGCAGGGAAAACAGAUGUGAGUUACGUUGCGAAGGAGACGCCGAUGGGGCUGUAUCUUAACUGUCACGCAGCUAUGGAGCGAAUGAGAGAAGCAGCGGAAAAGGAAGAUACACGGGGGCCUAUCACAAUGGUUGUAGGUCCAAAUGACGUUGGCAAGUCAACUUUGUGUCGUCUACUGUUGAAUUACGCAGUAAGAAUGGGCAGACGUCCGAUAUUCGUCGACCUCGAUGUCGGACAGGGACACAUUGCAAUCCCAGGUACGGUAGGAGCUCUCUUGGUCGAGAGACCGUCCAACGUCGUCGAAGGUUUCAGUCAACAAGCCCCUCUGGUUUUUCACUUUGGUCACAAAAGUCCAAAUUCAAACAUAGCCCUUUACAAUCUUCUCGUUUCGCGCCUCGCCGAGGUGUGUUCCGAUCGCCUUCAAGCUAACAAGAAAGCCAAAGUUUCGGGUAUCGUUAUAAAUACCUGCGGAUGGGUCAAAGGCGGCGGUUACAAACUACUCACGCACGCUGCUCAAGCAUUCGAGGUUGAUGCUAUUCUCGUGCUUGAUCAAGAAAGAUUGUACAACGAGCUCGUACGCGACAUGCCCGACUUCGUUAAGGUCGUUUUUUUGCCAAAAAGCGGGGGUGUCGUCGAGCGAAGUCAAACAACGAGAACCGAAGCGAGGGAUCAACGGGUCAGGGAAUAUUUUUAUGGCUCGAGAACACCUCUGUAUCCUCACAGUUUUGAGGUUAAAUGGAACGAAGCGAGAUUGUACAAAAUUGGAGCGCCCGUUUUACCUGCUUCGUGUAUGCCGCUUGGCAUGAAAGCGGAGGACAACCUUACCAAGCUCGUCGCUGUAUCACCCGGACCUAAUUUACUCCACCAUCUUUUGUCCGUCUCGUUUGCCGAUUCCCCGGAAGAUGACGUCGUUCAAACCAACGUCGCCGGCUUUGUUUGCGUAACAAACGUCGACGUUGAACGACAAACUUUCACGGUUCUGAGUCCACAACCGAGGCCGCUACCCAACACCGUUUUACUCCUAUCGGACAUACAAUUUAUGGACAGCCACUGAACGAGCAUAUCUUCCUUUCUCUAACAUGCACAAAUUGUAUACAGAAACUGAAAAUACAUAUUUUGUUUAAAUUUUGAAA